UUGAAAAGGCUUUGAAACUCCUUUGAUAGUGCAAGAUGUUGAAUAUAGUGACCUGGAAUAUUAAUGGAAUUCGUUCGAGUUAUAGGAACAUAUUUUUACCCACUACAUGUCAUUCAAAAUUUACAUAUUGCAGAUUGUCUGCCUGCAAGAGACGAAGAUUACUAGAGAUAUGCUUGAUGAAGCAACAGCUCUUGUUGAAGGGUAUUCCUCUUACUACAGUUUCUCCCGAAAAAAAUCUGGUUAUUCAGGUGUUGCAACCUAUUGCAAAACGUCUUGCACACCUUUUCAAGCAGAAGAAGGCCUUGCUGGAACCUUCAGUUCUCAUGAGGACAAAAUAGAUUUUUAUGACAGUGUUCAUAGCUCAUUCACUGAUGAAGGGCUUAAGGCACUAGAUUCUGAAGGACGGUGUGUCAUGACACUACACAGGUUUAAGGAAGAAGAAGCUGUAGGAUCCCUCAUUGUAAUGAAUGUAUAUUGUCCUCAUGCUGGUGACAAUGAUGAACGUUUAGCUUAUAAGCUCGAGUUUUAUCGAGCAUUAAGUCUCCGUUGCCAUGAUUUACUUAGCAAAGGGUAUCACGUCAUCGUCCUCGGUGAUAUUAACGUUUCACAUCGUCUCAUUGACCAUUGCGAGCCCGAUGAUGUUACCAGUUUCUCGAAGUCACCUAGUCGGAUAUGGUUAGAUGGUUUCUUAGUUGAGGGAGGUGGAAAAUUCAUUGACUCGUUUCGCUAUCUGUAUCCGACUAAAGAAAAGGCCUUUACUUGCUGGAACACGAAGCUGAACGCACGAGUGAAUAACUAUGGAACCAGGAUAGACUACAUAAUGCUCAGUUCAAAAUUAAGCCAGUCAUUACGAGAAUGCAUUAUCAUGAAUGAAGUUUAUGGAAGUGAUCACUGCCCAGUUAAAGCAUCUAUAGCACUCCAUUUUAUGUCAUCCACUCACCUUCCUGCAUUAUGCACCAGAAAUUUCAAAGAAUUCUCAGGCAAGCAGCUAAAAAUGUCAGAAUUUAUCUGCAAACGCAAUCAUCUUGCCAUUGAGUCAGCAAAUGAAUUGCAAAGUAGAUCUGAAGUUUCAGAGCCCAAAAAGAUGCGCCUAUCGCAGAAAACUACUAAACAGCAAAGCAGUUUAUUGAAUUUCUUCGCUCCAACGUCAGUGACCAGUCGCGAAAAUAUUUCUUCCCUACAAUUCAUUUCCAGUACAACAGAAUCAAUGAAUAGCUUCGACUGCGAUAAGUCUUUAUCUAGUGCCACCAGUUCUUCUGUAGGUUUGUGGAAAAAUCUGUUAAAAGGACCCGCUCCUCCGCCUGUCUGUAGUGGACAUAAGGAGGCGUGCGUCUUGCGAACAGUUAAGAAGAAGGGUCCAAAUAUGAAUCGGCAAUUCUGGGCAUGUCCCCGGGCAGCUGGACACAGCAGUGAUCUCAACGCACAGUGUAAUUUCUUUCUUUGGGCUUCUGCGAAACGGUAAUCGCUCACGUACAGUACGCAGUGUAAUGCCAAUGUAAUAUAUGUAUUGUAAAUAGUAAAAGAAAAUUGAAACGAUA